AUGGCUCAAACAUUCGACUAUAUUAUCGUGGGUGGGGGAACAGCAGGUUGCGUAGUAGCUUCCCGUCUUAAAGAAAAGAAUCCCACGCUCUCCAUCCUGAUCGUCGAAGCCGGCCCCGAUGUCAGCAAGCACCCCCUUGUAUCAGAUGCGGCGGACUACCCUCAGCUCCUCGGCUCUGAGCUCGAUUGGAACUAUACCACAGUACCGCAGAAACAUUUGGAUGGGCGCUCUGUCUCUAACCAUGCGGGGAGGGCACUUGGAGGUAGUAGUGUGACUAACGCCGGGGGUUGGUUCCGAGGCGAGAAAGCAAACUAUGAUCUUUGGGGAGAGACGGUCGGCGACUCGCGUUGGAGCUAUAGUGGCUUCUUGCCCUAUUUCCGCAAGGUUGAGUCGCAUUUUGAUCCAAACGGCGAUAAGCUACAGCAUGGCUUUAAUGGCCCUAUGAAAGCGGAGUCUGUUACAUUUACGGGUCGCAACUACCCUCUGCGUCAGUCGGUGAAGGAUGCAUGGGCUGCUGUUGGUGUGCCUUUAGUCCCGGACUUGAAUUCUGGUAAUCCCAUCGGAUUGGCGGAGGUCGUUGAGAACAAAGUCAAGGGUAUGCGGCAAACUGCUGCCUCUGUGUACCCACUCAAUGUCACUAUCUUGACGGAUACUAUGGUCAAAAGAGUGGUUUUCGAAGAGCGCAAUGGGAGAAAGAGAGCCAUUGGCGUGGAGAUCGUGGGCGAGGAAACCCGUGUGAUUUCUGCAAAGCGCGAAGUCAUCAUCUCGACUGGCACAUACCGGACACCCCAAAUCCUGAAGCUUUCAGGCAUCGGGCCAGCCGAGGAACUGCAACGCCAUGGCGUGGACUUGGUACUUGACUCACCUGACGUCGGCCGCCAUUUCCAAGACCACCCUGGUGUAUUCCAGUGGUGGAAGCUAAAACACCCCGAACAAGGACUUGCAGUUGGAUCACCGGCGUUCAGUGAUCCUCUAUUUUCCAGAGGUCAACCAAUCGACUUUGCAGCAACACAGCCCGUCCCUCUAGACGGAUUACGCGCUGCAUUAAUUCGAGAUAAUCCCAAUUGCAACCCGGAUGAACAUCCACUUAUCUCACAGAAAGGGCAUCUGGAGAUGCUAGUAUUCUAUGCAGGAGGAAAUCCCGCUAACCCGACGAUCGAAAUGGACGGGACUCACAUAGCCACGAUCGUGGUUGGUAUGCUUCCAACUUCGCGCGGGAGCAUUACCCUCCAAGAUAGCAAUCCAAACUCUACGCCGCUUAUCGACCCUAACUAUCUCGCCACCGAGGCUGAUCGGUAUAUGAUGCGUGCGGGUAUUCGGAAGAUCCGCGAAAUGGUCCGUGAUACACCAGCCGGGCGGGCAAUGAUUGACGAUGAAACGAUCGAAGACGGGGCCACGCCCGUUCAAGUGGAUACCAGUGAUGCGGAGAUCGACAGUCUGGUCCGACGUCGAGCUAUGACUAUGUUCCACCCCGCUGGAAGCGCCUCUAUGGGCAAGGUGGUCGACAAUCAGCUCCGAGUUCGAGGUGUGGAUGGUUUGCGCAUUGUUGAUGCAAGUGUUAUUCCUGUGCCACUGACUGCACACAUUCAGAUGUGUGUUUAUGCUCUAGCAGAGCAAGCUGCAGAUAUCAUCGGUGAUAGUACAGACCUGGCACGCCGGUUAACCAGCGAAAUGGGCAACGACGAAUCUGCGCUGCCAGCCGGCAUCGUGACCCUGCUGGACACCGACCUGUACAAGCUGACAAUGCAAUGCGCUGUUCUCAAGUACUUCCCAGAUGUGUCGGUGACCUACGGCUACACAAAUCGGACCCCGCAUAUGAAACUGCGCCGCGGGGCAUACAAAUGGCUCUUGGAGCAAAUGGACAAACUGGCCAAUGUCCGCGUGACCGCCGAAGAACGCGAAUUCCUCCGCCAGAAGUGCCCCUACCUAAACGACGCGUACAUCACCUUCCUCGAAACCUUCCACCUCAAACCCGCCGAACAAAUCGAUAUCAAGUUCACCCCGACACAAGAUACAGGCAGCGAUGACGACGAGGGCAAUGUCGAGUAUAUCAUCAAGGGAUUGUGGCUGGACACGAUCCUGUACGAGAUCCCGCUGCUUGCGCUGACCAGCCAGGCCUACUUCAUGUUCAGUGAUAAGGACUGGAGUUACGAGAAUCAAGAAGAGAAGGCAUACCGUAAGGGCUGCACGCUGCUGGAGAAUGGCUGCAUAUUCUCUGAGUUCGGGUCUCGCCGUCGACGCGAUUAUCAUACCCAGGACCUUGUUAUGAAGGGUCUUACCCGUGCUGCGGAAGAGGGGAAGCGGCAGGGGUGGCCUGGUGCUUUGUCUGGAACGAGCAAUGUUCAUUUUGCUAUGAAAUAUGGUGUUCCUGCUGUUGGGACGGUGGCGCAUGAAUGGUACAUGACCAUUGCGGCUAUUACGGAUGACUAUGAGAAUGCCAAUGAGUUGGCAUUGAAGUACUGGCUUGGUUGUUUUGGAGAGGGCGUUCUUGGUAUCGCCCUUACCGAUACAUUCGGUACACCGGCUUUCUUGGAUGCUUUCAAAAAGCCAAUCUCAUUACCGGAUCAGCAGCCUGAUCCAUCCGCUAAGACUUAUGCUCAAGUUUACACUGGUGUCCGCCAGGACUCCGGUGACCCGACAUACUUUGUCAAGAUGGCCCGGGACUUCUAUGAUGACCAGGGUAUCACCGAUACAAAGACUGUCGUGUUCUCAGAUUCUUUGGAUAUCGAGCACUGCCUUGAGUACAAGACCAUCGCCGAAGAGGCAGGCUUCAAGCCUACAUUCGGUGUUGGAACAUUCUUCACCAAUGAUUACAUCAAUAAAUCAACUGGCGAAAAGUCCAAACCCCUCAACAUUGUUAUCAAGAUUGCAACUGCGAAUGGAAGCCCGGCCGUCAAGCUCAGUGACAAUAUGGGUAAGAAUACGGGCGACCAGGACAAGGUCCGGGAAGUCAAGAAGAAGCUGGGCUACGUCGAGCACUGCUGGGAAGAAGGCGAUGAAAGCAAUCGCUGGAAAAAACAGGCAUGA